AUGCGUCCAGCACCAUUAAUGAGAGGCUACUCAGACAUCAUGAACAGCAGCGAAAACCCCUCCGUCGAGCUCCACGGCAACGGUCAAAAAGUUACCUUCCCCCAGGAAAACGUGGGUGCACAUACUCUCUGGAAGCAACAAUCCUCAACCACCGUCCCCAUAUGGCAUCUCCGAGUCAGCGUUCUCAAGAACGGCGAUGCGCGCGGCGAUUGUCCUAAUCGUAUUUUUGCAUUCCAAACCCUAGAGCACGUCACGCGCGCCAUGCAGCAAGUGGAAGACGCCUUUGGAAACACGUUUGAGUUGAAGAAGUGCGGGAUAGAUUCGCCGGAUGCGAUGGGUGGGAGAGUUAAUGAUGGGAGGAGUGAAAAUGUGACUGUGGAAUUUGAUGAAGGGGUGACGACGGAGUCGUGGGGGGAGUUUUUGGGUAGGUUGAAGGGGUUGCAGGAUGGGUGGGCGAAUGCGGUUGAGGUUGAGGUUGAGGGUCUUUGA